GUACGCGUCGUAUUCUAUUGAGCUUUUUUGUCAAUGCUUGUAGAAUUACUACUCUUUCAACAACCUUAAUCAGAAAUGAAGACUUUGCCAUGCGGGGGCACCUGAUCCUUGCGAUCCUUGCAUGGUCGUGUGGGCUGCCUUAUCCCAUGUGCUCCACCACAUUCACUCGUUUCCUCCAUGUGUUAGCUCCUCUGAAUCUUAUUAUCCCGAGUAGAAGCCACUCCCCAACACAUAGUAUGUGCAAAUACUCAUUUUCUGAGCUUCUAUAGCGGGAUGCUAGCUCGAAGCAAAGUUCGAAGGCCCUCCCCUCUUCUACUCUACGAGUGUAUUGUGAGGGGCUUGUGGUUCAAAAGCUCUGCGAGAUAUUCUUUGGUGUGUCUGUUUGCUGAGUCCUGACUACGAUUUGACUGGCCUGUCAUGGCACCCAAGCAGCAUCAGUACAGCGACAGCUUCUGUAAUACAGAAUUAUUACCUCUAUGGGGCUGCCUGCUGGCGAUGUAGCGAGAUUUCACGUGUCGUUAUGGGAACAUCGCGUGUGGUAGGAGAUGUGUGUUGCUUAUGCAAUCAAGUGGGAAGCCCCUUUCAGCAUCCACCAACCAGCUUCUUUCGAGUUAAACAACAAAAAUGAUACUCAUGAAGUCAAAGUGGAUGGCGAGAGCUUGUCGUAUUCCUGCUCCUUCCUUGCAUAUAAAUUAGUUAAUUUUGUAUGUUUGUUUAUAUCAGCCGUGGAAUCGUGGUUUGUAUUGCUCUUUUCCUUAUGGAUUGCACAUAGAGUUACAAAUCAUCAAGCCACUGCAAGAUCUGCUCCGUUUGGUUUAUUGACUAUUUUUUUCUUCUAG